AACACAACACCCCACGCCCUUACCGCUAUUGCUUCAGCCCAAACCCACCACUAAACGACCUGCCGCUCGGGAGCCUCUCCCCUUGACCGCCCAAUACUUGUCAUUGCCGCCUCUUUGAUUAAAAAGCCGCAAUUUGUCCCUGCGCCAUCGGAACACCUUCGGGCGAGAUUCCGACCUGUUGCUUUUCUCUAUCCUCCUCUUUCUCUUUCUUACCUUGCCCGCCUUUUUUUUCCCGUCACUGCAUCUUAGGGAGCUGGACUCGCCGCACAACAUGACGGACACCAAUGGAACAUAUGCGCCAAAUAUGCGCGCUGUGCCUGCCGGCGAUUUCGUACGGCCAAGCAGAAAGACUAACGGUGCUGGUAUACAGGCUGAAGACACUCGGAUAUGCGUCGUCAUGGUCGGCUUGCCCGCGCGAGGCAAGAGCUUGAUUGCACAGAAAGUUGUCCGCUACCUACAUUGGCUAUCGAUCAAAUCCAAGACGUUCAAUGUUGGGCAGUAUCGUCGCACUGCAACCCCUAACCCCUCGGCCGAAUUUUUCGACACAUCGAACCCAGAAGGAGAGCGCCUCCGAAAAGCAGCCGCCGAAGCGGCUGUCAACGACAUGUGCAAAUGGUUUUCCGAGGGCAAGGGAUUGGUCGCGAUCCUUGAUGCGACAAACUCUACAAAGAGCCGACGAAGAUGGAUACAGGAACGAUGCACUGCGGACAACAUCGAGACACUCUUUGUCGAGUCCAAAUGUGACGACGAGGAGCUCAUCAUGAGCAACAUAUUGGAAGUGAAGACAACCUCUCCAGAUUACGUUGGCCAGGACCCUGAGGCUGCCGCAGCCGAUUUCCGCAACCGCAUUCGAAACUACGAAAAGGUUUACCAGACAAUUGAUGAGGAUGAGCGUGACCUCACAUAUGUCAAGCUCAUCAAUGUUGGCAAACAAGUCAUUAUCAACCAGAUCCAGGACUACCUCCAGAGUAGAGUUGUGUACUACUUGAUGAACCUGCACAUCAAACCACGAUCUAUUUGGUUAUCACGACACGGCGAGUCGGAAUACAACCUCACAGGGCAGAUUGGAGGAGACGCGAACCUCUCAGCCCGUGGCGACGCUUACGCGCAUGCGCUCCCAGGUCUCGUCGCAAAGUCCGUCGGCGAUGGCCGCAAGCUCACGGUAUGGACAUCGACCUUGAAGCGAACAAUUCAGACGGCACGAUUCUUGCCCUUUGAAAAGUUGGAGUGGAAGGCGCUUGACGAACUCGACUCCGGUGUCUGCGACGGACUUACGUACGCACAAAUCGAGCAAAAAUACCCGGAAGACUUCAAACAGCGUGAUGAAGACAAAUACAACUACCGCUAUCUUGGUGGAGAGUCAUACCGCGAUGUCGUUAUUCGACUCGAGCCCAUUAUCAUGGAACUGGAGCGCAGCGAGAACAUUUUGAUUGUUACGCAUCAAGCCAUUUUGCGAUGCAUUUAUGCCUAUUUCAUGAAUGUACCACAGGAACAGAGCCCCUGGAUGGAAGUGCCUCUGCACACAUUGAUAAAAUUGACACCAAAGGCGUACUCGACACAGGAGGAAAGGUUGAAAGCCGACAUACCGGCCGUCAGUACCUGGCGUGGAAAGGGUACCAAGGCCGAGCAUCAGCCGGCAAACGGUAGCACAUAGCUUUGUUUCGUUUAAUUCCUGGAAAAAUUUGCAGCCCGCAUUAUCCAGGAGUGAACGUUGGGAGAAGCGUUAUGAAGGAGCUAGUGAAUAAGCUGUCAACAGCACGAUAGACGAAUGAGGGGUCUUUGAUCGAUUGUACGUUGGCUAUUUCGGUGUGUGCGUUGAGGCAUAUGGUAUAGGUGGCAUUUCUGCGGUUUUGGUCAAAACAUUAUUAGACGGCAAGCACUCAGAGUAAUGGGUAUUAGAUUGGAGGGAGUUAAACUUUGCUGUCGUAACGUUAGGAGGGCAGACAACUGGUAUCACAAACAGCAAUGCUUGAAUAGAAAUUCGUGUACCUAGUUUUCAUUCUUGGCGUCGAAGUUGGAAUAUAAACAUACGUGUUUGAUA